CCGCUCCCUCUCCCUCCCCCUCCUCACCCAACUCCAACCUACGCUCGCGCAGCAAAUUCCGCAACAAGCGGAGGCCCAGCCCUAUGUGUCGGGCCCAAGCCAGAUUCCUGCCUCUUCCUUCGGACAGUUGGCGGUUCCCCAGACAUGGAUCGACGAAGAGGCAAGAACGCAAUCCAACACUCACGACACAAUUCUCACCGGAAACACCCGUUUCACAAAUGA